CGAGAGCUGUUCAGUGCGUCUUAAACAGUGGUGGUGGGCGGUAUACCUGGUGCUGCUGGUGUCCAGUGCUCUCGUUCUCUCCCACUCACUUCUGUGCUGCUUCAGGCUCGAUACAACGUUCAUUAUCUAACCUAUUAACUCUGAAUGAAACAUAAUUUUGAACGAAAUAAGAAAUGAACUGGAUCACUACUUAAAAAAAACUUAAUUUAUAUCCAUUAAAAAUUAUUUUAAGCAAAUUCCAUGAGCAUAAAACAUGAUUUUAAUCGAAAUUUGGUACGUGUUUAUAGAAGAAAGUGUUGAAACUUGCUCAUAAUGUAGAAUUUACAUUUUACCAUAGAAUUUACAUUUUACCAAGACGCUGGGAGGUCGAAACUGUCAAAGUUUGGCUGUGUGAAAACUGCAGAUUCAAGGCCUAAGAAUGAAGACUCUUAUCCAGGUGAUGAGCUCUGAGCUUUGGCUAACAGGAGGAAGCCGGGCAACUACCAGUCAUAGCAUCCAGUCCUCGACUCCUGCCCAGUUGCUUCAGUUACUCCUGUGUACACAUGUGACACACCACUCUGGGGACAUGUAAAGACCAGCUGAGACUACAGCCUGUGUUCUACACUGUUAGUGCUGCCGAACUAACACUUCUCUGAAUGAAUGGAUAUCUAGUUAGAGAAAGCUAUCGUGGCCUUGUCUUCUCUGUGCAUUCUGUUAUUCUGAGAAGGAAACACCUCCAAAGUUCCAAAUGGCCCAUACAAAAAGAAUAGCUCUGAAACUAAAAUGCAAUAUUUUACCAAUAAAUUUUAAACGUAACUCAAAUAUACUUUAACCCAAGAUAAGAAUCUCGCAAGCUGGUAAAUAACAGAAGAAAAAUAAUCAAACAAAAUUAUCUAAAAGAGAGAGGCAAGCAUGGAGAAAGAAUUUUGGCAGCUGCUACUGGUGACCGUCUUGCUUAUCACGGGAUACUUGGUGGAUCGCGCUGGGGCUGGCACUGGUCUCUACAUGGGGCCAUACUUCCCUAGCCCACAACCUAUGAACAUCACCGUCCACCAGGACACCGUAGCUUACCUUCCUUGUACCGUAGCACAACUGGGAGACAAGUCGGUGUCGUGGGUUCGACAGCGAGACGCGGACAUCCUGACGGUGGACCGCUACACCUUCGUCAAGGACGAACGACUCAAAGUGCACAUCACUCCGGAAACCGGUACCUGGACGCUAGUCAUAAAAUUCGUGCAGGAACGCGACGCAGGCACCUACGAGUGCCAGAUCUCCACGGAACCUAAAAUGUCUAUGCUUGUCCACCUCCAUGUUAUAGUGCCGCAGGUAGAGGUGACUGGGGCUGCCGACAAGUACGUGAGAAGCGGCUCGACCGCUCGCCUCGAGUGCAAAGUAAGUUCCACUGUACAGCUGCCAGACUACAUCUUCUGGUACCACUCUGGGGAGCGACUACUGGAGUACGACAACCCCAGAGUGAAGAUCACAGUGUCCCGGCGGGGCGGACAGGGCAGCGAGAUGAGUGUCACCUCCACGCUCGUCAUCUCCAAGGCCAGAUCUACGGAUGCUGGAAACUACACCUGCAUGCCAUCCAACCUCCACCGCGCCACCACAAUCCUUCAUGUCCUGAACGACGAGCAUCCAGCAGCAAUGCACACAGGCAUGGCGGCGACUGUAGAGCCACUACCAACAUGGGGCAUCUUACUGGUUGUGGGUCUGACACUAGUGUUCGUUCACGUGUAUCCUCACACCAACUUCGAAUGUGCUACGUUGUACAUUCCCCAGGACACAGAUGAGGGAGAGGCACCACCAGUCACCAGCACCACAGGUGGAUACCUGGAAGAGCUAACUGGACACCUGCUCAUGGCGCCGGUCUUACCUGUCCCUCACGCAGGCUUCAUCCCGAGGGAAGAGAUCAUCAGCCGUUGCCGCCCACCUUCCACAAGGAGACGACGAGCUUCGAACCAGUGUCAGGGAAUCACGGGGUGUGGUGACACGGACAGUGUCUUACUUCUCGCUACCGUCAUAGUUUCUUCCCGACUGCUUCACAGUGCACCUGGUCCACACUAACCCAACUCUUACCAGACACAACACGUGGCAAAGCCAUCGUGAUCUUCGUAAAUUUGGUUAAUCAUGCUUACAGCCGUCGUUUUAAAGCGUUCAUUACAAAAGUAAAGCAAAUCCAUAAAUGUGCAUUAAAUAUAUUAGAAACUGCAGACGCAGACUCAAUGGUGAAAUGUUUUCCACAUUAAAUUUGACAAUAAUGUGCAUAGGGCUAAGUCUCUUGUUUAUUUCAUCACAUCAACGUCUCUGUAAAACCUCCUUUAUGUUACUGACCAAAACAAAACACUCAAAAGUGCAGUCUCAAUCACUGAAAAAAAGACGGAUCGUAUGACUUUUUUCUGGAAAUGUUAAUUGCCAUAUAUACUGUCCAAUAAAGAUUCUUUCCUUCAAUGUCGUAUAGGAAAAAUCACUGUGUUAAUAUUGUUAACAUGUUUAAUUAUACUAGCCCUUAGGGUUUUCUGUUAUCGUUUAUGUUAACAACACUAGUGGAUUUCACAUUGGCAGGCAAACUGUUCUGACUGCACUGUUCCGUUAGUUAAUUAAGUCGUAUAUUCCAAAUAAACGUCUAAAUAUGCCGGCCCGAGUGCGUGAGCAUUCGACGACGGGUGACUGUGAAUGUUUUACAACCUUUUGUAUCCGUGUGCGUCGUCAGCUCGAAGGUUCUGUCUUAGACUGCUGAACCGAAGUCUCUGUAAAGUUGGUGUACAUACAUGUGCGAAUGAA